GGUGUCCGGAUGCCAUAUAUGUCCAUCCUCACCCUGGACAGUCAGCCCUCACUCACUCCCACCCUACCACUACCCCAACCAACAACAAAAUGACGACCACCAUAGCACCCGCCGCGCUCAAUGUCCUCUACUACUUCCAAAAACAAGAGCUCAAGCUCGAUUUCAACUCUCCCGACCGUGCAGAGGCGUAUCAGAACCUCAACCGCGAGGGCCGCAUCUACGUCGCGGAGCCCACGGCCGUCUACCUCCCCCUGGCCCUGUCGAUGAGCUACCUCCGCGAUAGCAACAACGGACUGGUGAUUGGCUUCACUACAGGCGCAGAGGCCAGCCGAUGGUGCCAGACCGCCGUGCUGGGUCGUCUGCACUCGCCCAGCGCACCGCACGAGGUCCGCAUCCGUCGCGCCUGGACCGACGAGGCCCUGGACCAGCAGCUCCAAGUGCAACAGUUCCCGCUGUUUAUGCCGACGCAGGGAGCGCCUCCAUCCCCGCCGGUUUCCACCCAUGCCCACUCCAGCUCCAGUGCCAGUACCUCUGCCUGCGCCAGUGCUAGUGUUAAGCGUCCAUCGGCCACCCCAGGCUCAUCGCCGCAUGCCCAGCCUGCCGUGAGCCCCAGUGCACCGCCCAGCCAGCAAGCCAAGGGCAACCAACCAGGUCAUCGAGCCACCACUCGACAGGCCAUGUCAAUGCAGUUCCCCCCGCAGACAGCCGCCCAUCUACCGGUGCCCGCGCAGCUCCUCCCGGCACCGCUGACCAUCGGGACGCCGGAGCGAGCACCAGCGCCAGCACCGGAAGGGAUCGAGCGUCGACCGCGAGCGAGUAGUUUCUUCUAAGAUUGGAUUUCUUUGUACAGGACGCAUAGCAUAGCGAGGAGUUGGAAGAGAAAUUGUACUUGAUUCAUAACAUACUGUCUUUGUUUCUCACUAAGCAUAGCAAUCAUACACUUCGUUCCGCGGCCCGCUCAUUCUCUCUCCGGCCAG